AUGGACGGCGCCAACUUUACCCCUCAGCAAAAGGCCGAACUUGUCAACCGAGUCCGCUCGGAAGUGCAGCAGCAGGCGCUACAGGAACUGACGCAAAACCUGCAGGAAAAGUGCUUUGACAAGUGCAUUUCGCGCCCGAGUGGCAAGUUGGACGGCAAGCAGCAGAACUGUCUCGCGCUGUGCAUCAACCGCUACAUUGACACGAUGAAAGUGGUCUCGGAGGCGAUGGUCCAGCGCGGUCCACAGGUACGGCGACUUGUUGUGCGCAAUUGUUACCAGCGUUUGCAUGCGACGCUCUGUGUUGAGUACGACCACAGUGCGUGA